UUCACAAACUCCUUUCUUACCGUGUGUUUCUCCCCUCCCGCCGCCCGAGCGAGCGACACGGCUGCGGCCCCCCCUCCCCUCCCUUCCCUCCCUCCCUCCCAUCCCCCCUCCCCGGGACCCACCGGACCCUGAACCCAGGGUGACGCUCCCCAGUCCCCUGCCCCCACCCCAGCAUCAUGCAUCGGACCACACGGAUCAAAAUCACCGAGCUGAACCCUCACCUCAUGUGUGCCCUCUGCGGGGGGUACUUCAUCGACGCCACUACCAUCGUGGAGUGCUUGCAUUCCUUCUGCAAAACGUGCAUCGUGCGCUACCUGGAGACCAACAAGUACUGCCCCAUGUGUGACGUGCAGGUCCACAAAACUCGGCCGCUGCUGAGCAUCAGAUCUGACAAAACCCUUCAAGACAUCGUCUACAAAUUGGUCCCUGGGCUUUUUAAAGAUGAGAUGAAACGGCGACGGGAUUUCUAUGCUGCAUACCCCCUGACAGAGGUCCCCAACGGCUCCAGUGAGGACCGCGGAGAGGUCCUGGAGCAGGAGAAGGGGGCGCUGAGCGACGACGAGAUUGUCAGCCUCUCCAUCGAGUUCUACGAAGGCGUCAGGGACCGGGAGGAGAAGAAGGGCCCCCUGGAGAACGGGGAUGGCGACAAGGAGAAGCAGACAGGGGUGCGCUUCCUGCGAUGCCCAGCAGCCAUGACCGUCAUGCACCUCGCAAAGUUUCUCCGCAACAAGAUGGACGUGCCCAGCAAGUACAAGGUGGAGGUUCUCUACGAGGACGAGCCGCUGAAGGAGUACUACACCCUCAUGGACAUCGCCUACAUCUACCCCUGGCGGAGGAAUGGCCCUCUCCCCCUCAAGUACCGAGUCCAGCCGGCCUGCAAGCGGCUCACCUUGCCCACAGCACCCACCCCCUCCGAGGGUACCAAUACCAGCGGGGCAUCCGAGUGUGAGUCAGUCAGCGACAAGGCUCCCAGCCCUGCCACCUUGCCGGCCACAUCCUCCUCCCUGCCCAGCCCAGCCACCCCCUCCCAUGGCUCUCCCAGCUCCCAUGGCCCCCCUGCCCCGCACCCUACCUCCCCCACUCCCCCUGCAACAGCCAGUGGGGCCACCACUGCUGCCAAUGGGGGCACCUCGAACUGCCUGCAGACACCAUCCUCCACCAGCAGGGGGCGCAAGAUGACUGUCAACGGAGCACCUGUGCCCCCCUUAACUUGAGGAAAGGGACCCUCUUCCUACUUUUCCAGCCAAGCCUCUCUACCCCUCCACUUUUUCUGGGCCCCCUUUUCCACUUCUUCUACUUCCCCAGCUCUUCCCACCUUAGGGGUGGGGGAUGGGUUUUAUAAAUAAAUCUAUAUAUAUAUGUACAUAGGAAAAACCAAAUAUACAUACUUAUUUUCUAUGGACCAACCAGAUUAAUUUAAAUGCCACAGGAAACAAACUUUAUGUGUGUGUGUAUGUGUGGGGGAUGGGGUGUUCCUUUUUCAGGGGUCGUGUGUAAUUUGCUCUGCUCUCUUUUGGCGGGUGCCCGGAGGUGGGUUGGAGGGGCCACUUAGGGCUGGGUAAUCCUCUGUCCCCGCCCCCUCUGUUUCCCAAGGCAUAAGGGGUAUUGGGGGGCCCCACUAACCCCCAAAGCUUUAGGCACAGCUCUUAACCGGCUGUGUAUGGGGUCCACCCUCUUUCUCUCCCCAUCUUUGCUGUUGUCCUGCCCUGACCCCGACCAGUUCCUGCCCCCCGCCCCCCCAGUGUUGGUGAAUGUCCAGAGAAGUGCUAUGACAGUGCCUUUUACAAAUGCGGUCUCUGCCCUGGUUGUUCUGAGGAGCAAGAGGGCAGCAGAGAUGGCAUCUCCCUUAUGCCCUCCUCUCGUGGAAACUUUGUGUAGAGAAUAGCUAGUCCAUGUCCCUCCCCACACCCCGUGUGCGUGGCCUUUGCAUCAAUUAUCUUGUGGAAAAGAUGAUGGGGCCACGGGCAGCCUCAGCCCCUGCCCUCCCACCGCGGCGUUUGCAUUGUGAGUCUUGUGAGCGCUUCACUCCCUUCUCCCCCGCCCCCACCCAGGAAUUGCCCUCGCAAGGCCCGGGGGUCGGGUCUGCUUGGGGCCACGAGGGGAGAGGUGGCGGCGUGAGGUUCACCUCAGAUAAGCACAGACAGGAAGGAGCGACCGAGGCAUCUAAAGCACAAGACAGAAGCCUGCACGGUCUGACCUCAGCUUCAAGUCGGGCGGUCUGCACCCCAGAGGGGCAGAUCCUAACGGCCCCCUGCCCACCUGCUUCUCCUGCAGUGUAUAUAGAUCAGACUGGAAGGAGGGGAGACGCCAUUGCAACCUAGGUAUUUGGGGUCAUGCAUCCCCCAGCAGGUCUGUCUGUGUGCGCACCUUGUCCUGUGUCUGAGGUGUUGUGGCUGUACCCUCCCCCCGCCGCCCUGGGCCAUUUGUUAUCUCCUGGCUUUGUAAUAAAUGCUGCAUACUCUC